AUGCACGGACCUCUGCUGCGCAAUCUGGCGACGCGCCACGCCUCCUGUUCACCAUCCGUGAUAAUUGGAGUUUGCGCGCCUAUUGUACCAAAGUAUUCACCAGAUUUUCACGUCACCAAUCUUUAAAUACCGAGCAGACCUUCUCCAAGAUUCCUCCAGACAUCAUUUUCAGACAGUUCUCUUGCAGUUGCGGCUGUCUAUUUUCAGAAAACCAGCUCCCGCCAACCCGUGAUACACAUCCAUUCCUCAAGACCUCAAGACAGACCGCCAACCAUGGCGAGCGGACGAGUCGCAACAGACUUUGAGAAUAUCAUCAAUGCCGGUCGGGAUCGCAAGAAGAACGAGGCUCUCGCCGCCCGGAUCUUCAACAGGGACAGGCGGGCGAGCGGAGGACCCAGGGCAAGAGGUGGAGGCUCUUUGGCAAGCCGAGCUGGCGUGAAUAAGCGCAUCGUAUCCGCCACCACCAGCCCUCGCGGAGGCUUCCAACCGAGAACCGCCGCAGGCGACAUCAACGGCGAAUGGACGCACGACCUCCACGACAGGCACUCCGCGCCCUCCACGCCCCGCGCCUCCCCGCGGCCGGGCUCGCUCGCCAGCCGCAUCACCGGGCCCGGCGCCGCACCGGCGCCCAACGCCCGGCGACAGCAGCAGCAGCAGCGCCGAGCCGAGCAGGUGUCGCGGGCCCUGACGAAGACGGGACAGCAGAUCAACAACCCGCCGGCAGCCGCUCCGGCGGGCGGCAGCUUCAGCAGGGGGAUGGUGAUCCGCGGGCUGGCGGGGCCGUACGUGGUCAUGGCCCAGAACUUCGCGCCCGGCACGACGGCGGCCGACAUCGAGAACGCCAUGACGCCCGUCGCCGGCCUGAUAAGCAGCUGCCGGCUGCUGAAGGUGAACCCCAUCGUCAUCGCCGAGAUUGUCAUCGAGAGCAAGGAGGGCGCGGACAAUGUCGUCUCCACGUUCAAUAACCAGACUGCCGACGGCCGCCUCCUCCACGUAUAUCACAAGCCCGGCGCCGCCGCCGGAGGGCCCCCCACCGCGCCAGCAGCCGCUCUGUCGGCGCACCCGCCCAGCGGGCCGCGGGCCCAGCGCGGUCGCGACGCCCGCGACGCCGCCGUUGUUGACGGCACGCUGGGUUUCGACGACCCCAUGGACGGCGGCGGCGACGGGGCGUACGUCAACGGAAACGGGAACGGGAACGCGAACAACAACGACGGCGGCGGAGACCGCACGCCCGGCCGGGGCCUCUAUAGUGAUAGCAUUGUGCGGCCGGGUCGUGGCGGCGGUGGCGGUGGCGGUGGUGGUACUAGGGGUUGGACCAGGUGGUGAGCGAACCGCUCUUGGGGGCCAGCGGAGAGAAUGACGAUGAUUGUUGUUGCCCCGACCGGACAGGGCAAGACUGUGGACUUUGAUCGGCCAUAGUUGGUAUGGAGGGUUCCUGAAGAACACCCUCUUCUCAGGUCUGCUGGAUAGGUAGUAGGGACCG